AUGUGCAAACAUGUUCUCAAUGCCCAAGUGGCUAUCCGAUCUCCAUGCUGCCGGAAAUGGUUCGACUGCGUAGAAUGCCAUCAAGAACAAGAAGAUCACCCUCUGCUUCAGAAAUUCGAGAUGAUCUUUGCCUGCAAGAAGUGCAAAAAGUGCUUCCGGAAAGAUGCGCGAGAAUUCGAGGAGGCCGACGAAUACUGCCCCCACUGCGACAACCACUUCGUCCUGGACGCCGUUACACCAAAGGCGGCCAUAUCUAUCGAGAGUGAUGAUGUAAGGAUGGACAGCAGGAUGCUUCGGGAUGAGCGUGUCAAGGGUGAGGAGGGUCGAACAAUAUUUGAUCCCGAGGGGGAUGCCGACAAACUUGGGUAA